AUGAAGCUCGAAGAAAUUGCAAAGCAGAAAGAUAUUCUGCAUCAGAUACCACAAGCCAGUGAUGCUAUCCGACGAAAACAUAAAUUGCUGAAGCUGGGCAAAGAUACAGCUGAAAAAGCCAUGGAUGAAAUGCUCAAGCCUAUUGUCACACCGCUGCAGAGUCUAGUUGAAUCUUCAAAGCUAAAAGAUAUUAAAAAAGAGGAAAAAGAAGAGGCUUUGAUUGAAAAAUCUGAAUACGGUGAUCCAGAUGCGUUUAACAGUUUAAUAUCUGAGGAUCGAAGUUCCUCGUUCAAUGACACGCCACUGGCUAUAGCACCAUCAUCAACAAGUACUCCAGCCCGAAAAAACCCUCUACUCACCAAUCAUUUACAACGCUUAAGUAUGAAACACAAAGAUAAUGAUAUGAGGUAUGGCGUACGCAGAAAACACGGUGAAUUGUAUAUAGGUGAUUCAAAUAUUUCAUUCGCAAAUGAUACAGUUACAGUUAAAGGCAAGAAUUAUCCAAUAACUCAGGGUUUGCUUGAAUUAUUGUUUAAAAAGUCACCUCAGGAUGCGCUUGUUACGCAGGAUGAUAAGAAAAAGUACUUGGAUAUUGUUCAACGUACAAAUACUCAUAGAAAAAAUUAUGAUCCAAGCAAAAGUAUUUACAAAGAUUCAUCAGUCAAAUAUAACAAAUAUAUCACUGAUUUUGUCAUCAAGCAUGGUGGACAAUUGCCUAAAUUUAUGAUUGCAAGAAAAGCACCAAUGGAUUAUGUAUACUGGGAUGACCCAAAUGAGUUGGUCGAUCGGCUCAAACUAUUGAUGGCAUCACAAGCUGCUGGAAAUCCAAGUCAUACAAACGAAAUCAUGUCAAUCAUUGAAGAGCUAAGGGAGGCAGGCGUUAUAUACUAG